AUGCUAGUCUACUGCGUUUCGCAAAAACUAGAUCAUUUUACGCGGAAGGCCUGGAAACUCAGAGGAAGUGACAAUAGUGAUAUUCCGACAUACGAAGAUUUGGAUCGUUUCAUCUCCUCUCGUGCGCGCGCUCUCGAAGAACUAACUCCUCUCAGCCUCGCGAAGCCUACGCGAUCACAAAAGAUAAACAGCAAUACCGUCUCCGCUUCAUCGGCUGCGUCGUGUCCCGUUUGUAAGGGAUCUCAUUUUAUAAAUAAGUGCGCGCUCUUUAUUCAAAAGACUCCGACCCAGCGCUUAGAAAUAGUCAAACAGGCAAAACGUUGCGUAAAUUGCUUGAGUGCAAAGCAUGCUGUCCAAGCCUGUCCGAGCAAGUACUCUUGUCGCGCUUGUCAACGGAAGCAUCAUUCUAUGCUUCACCUCGAGUCCUCGCCGUCGGCAACCGAAACUGUUCUUCCUACGACAUCAAAGUCGAAAUCGGAGAUGAUGACCGAUAAUGCCACGUCGUUGUUUUCUGCGUCAAGAUUACAAUCUCGCCCUUCCGUUCUUCUCGCAACCGCGCGCGUAAAAAUCGGAUCUCCUUCAGGUCGAACAGUUAUCGCUCGAGCUUUACUCGAUCAAGGAUCCGAAAUAACCUUUAUUACCGAACAAAUUGUCCAAACUCUAAAAUUGCGUCGUAUCAAACUACCGAUUUCAAUCUCCGCCGUCGGCGGAAUCGAUGCCGGUAUCUGUCGUUUCGCGGCUCAAAUUAAAUUGUCUCCACGCGAUGCCUCCUAUCCGACUCUUACAAGCACCGCGUCAAUAAUGCACUCACUGACUAAAUACACGCCGCCGCUAAUAAGCUCAACGAGCGAUUGGAAUCAUUUAUCCGAUCUCACGCUCGCGGAUCCCGAUCCUACCAGCCCCGAUCGCAUUGACAUUAUUAUCGGUGCGGAUCUAUAUAGCGAAUUAAUUGUAGACGGUGUGCGAAGAGGGGAUAAGGGGACACCGCUUGCGCAAAACACUAUUUUCGGAUGGAUACUCUCGGGACCGAUGUCCGGUAUUUCAUCACGCCGAUCCAUAUCCGUGCAACAUUGUGCAAAUGCGCUAUCUCUAGAAAGUGAACUGCGCAGAUUCUGGGAAAUUGAGGAAAUCCCUCAGCGUGCGAUCCUCAGCCCAGAAGAGCAGCAAUGUGAGGAACACUUUCUCACAACUCAUUCGCGUUGCGCCGACGGGCGAUACGUUGUCCGCCUUCCGUUCCGAAAAGGCCCUCCGAUCGACAUAGGUCAAUCGCGCAACACAGCCGAACGUCUCCUCAAGAGCGUACAUCGUCGGUUCAAAAGCAGCAACGAGUUAAAAAUAGAAUACACGAAAUUUCUGCACGAGUAUGAGGCCCUCGGACACAUGAGAGAGGUGACAAGUUCAAGAGCGUUUUCAACGCAGUGCGUAUACAUUCCGCAUCACCCGGUCAUUCGCGAGAGUAGCGUCACGACAUGUUUGAGAGUCGUAUUUAACGCGUCUAGUAUAACGACGAACUCUACAUCAUUAAAUGACCAUUUACUUACUGGCCCAAAAUUGCAGACGGAUCUCUCAGCCGUCGUACUGCGGUGGCGACAAUUUCGUUAUGUUUACUCGGCCGACAUCACAAAAAUGUAUCGCCAAAUUUCAGUCGACUCUCGCGACGUCGAUUAUCAGAGAAUAUUGUGGGCUGACAGCGAAACCGAAUGCGCCAAAGAGUAUCAAUUAACGACAGUGACGUACGGCACCGCGUCUGCUCCAUUUCUUGCUUUGUGCGUACUUCGGCAGCUCAUUCUCGAUGAAGGCCAUUUGUUUCCGCUCGCGGUUCCGGUAUUACAGGAUAACAUAUACGUCGACGACGUUUUAUUCGGAGCGGACGAUAUUCCUCUCCUUUGA